AUGAGGCUACGCAACCUCGACAAGAUCGACUACAGUGAGACGCGUCGGAACAGGGAACACGGUACAGCGCGUCGUGGAGAGCCCGGGACAUCUACUCAUCCCAAGGCUGGCAAAUCGACCACUACGAAGCAAAAGCGCACCGCCAGUGGCCGCGUUACCAGGACCGUUUCCGCCAAUGCUUUCAGUGUCACUCCGAAGAAGUCCUCGCGUCGUUCCAUGGGGCGCGAGCAUCGGCACGCCUCACCCAUCGUGGAGAUCAUAAAGAAGACUGCAACGAACCCGUCCGCUUCCGCUCCCAGCGAUAGCAGCGACGCCGAGCACCACAGUAUCCUCAUGCACAAGUUCUUCAAAGCGCAUGAAGACCAGGUGGCCAAUGUCCCGAGGAAGAAGCAGCGCAAAGCGUUGGGCAAGUUGUGGCGCGAGUCUCCGUUGAACCCCAAGAACGCGCGCGCCCAGCAUGAGUCUAAUGAGGGAAGCAUUGGCAAUGAGGAUGGCAAGGAUGGCAAGGAUGGCACGGUGUGA